CCACUUGCUUGCUGCAAACUAGUUACUUUCACAUUAAAAAAGAAAAAACCAGAAACACUUUGGUGGCAACAUCAGCAAUGGCAACCUCAUUGCAAGCUGCUGCUACUCUCAUGCAACCCACCAAGGUAGCUGCCAUCACUAGUACUCGCAGCAGCUCCACUUUACAACUUAAGCCCACACAAUCCAUUUCUAAGGCUUUUGGUUUGGAAUCCACCGGAGCUAAGCUCACAUGCAAUCUUCAGGAUUUUGCUAACAAGUGUGCUGAGACCGCCAAAAUUGCAGGAUUUGCCCUUGCCACCUCUGCUCUCGUUGUCUCUGGAGCAAGUGCUGAAGGUGUCCCAAAGCGGCUGACCUUCGAUGAAAUCCAGAGCAAGACAUACAUGGAAGUGAAGGGAACUGGAACUGCUAACCAGUGCCCAACCAUUGAAGGUGGAGUGGACUCAUUCGCGUUCAAGGCCGGGAAAUAUAGCGCAAAGAAGAUCUGCCUCGAACCCACUUCAUUCACAGUGAAGGCAGAGGGAGUGACCAAGAACUCCCCUCUCGAUUUUCAAAACACUAAGCUCAUGACUCGUCUGACCUACACUCUUGAUGAGAUUGAAGGACCCUUCGAGGUUUCUCCCGAUGGAACAGUGAAAUUUGAGGAGAAAGAUGGCAUUGACUAUGCUGCUGUCACAGUCCAGCUCCCCGGAGGCGAGCGCGUGCCUUUCCUCUUCACCGUCAAACAGUUGGUGGCAUCCGGGAAGCCUGAGAGCUUUAGUGGGGACUUCUUGGUGCCUUCUUACCGUGGUUCGUCUUUCUUGGACCCCAAGGGACGGGGCGCCUCGACCGGGUAUGACAAUGCUGUUGCAUUGCCUGCUGGUGGCAGAGGAGAUGAGGAAGAACUUGCUAAGGAAAAUAACAAGAGUGCUUCAUCUUCCAAAGGGAAAAUCACCUUGAGCGUUACGCAGAGCAAGCCUGAAACUGGGGAGAUUAUUGGUGUGUUUGAGAGCAUUCAGCCAUCUGAUACUGAUUUGGGUGCUAAAGCUCCUAAGGAUGUGAAGAUCCAAGGAGUCUGGUAUGCUCAGCUUGAGUCAUAGAGGCUACUUUUUAAUGCUGUAAUUUUAAUUUGUUGGAUUUGAUUUUUGUGUAAUGACCCCAGUUGGUGAAGAACUGUGAGCAUUAUCAUGUUUAUAUUAUAAUGCUUAAAAUAUCUAAAUAACGUUUUGGAACA